CUUCAGUACAGUGCUGUACCUUGUAUAGAAGGAAGUGAAAUAUGCUUCCUUGUGGCAUUGAUAGAUGUUAGCAUUGGGGAGAUGGAGAAGUAGAAGAACGUUUGUCGGAUAGAGGACAGCAGGGGUGAAAACAUGGCGGCGCCCCUAUGAAACGGUAGUGAGUUUUCAGGUGAGCUGGUUAAAGUUUCACCUUGCAGGCUUAGUUCAUUCCUGAUCGAUCCUGGCAGAAUUAUCGGUUGAUUGUCCCAUGACGUGACGAAUCACGUUUCACGGAUUAAGGUGGGAAAUAUUUGCGAUCAAUAUUCCAAUGUGCCGGCUAAUGACCAUCGCCGUUUCGCUCUAUUAGUGGUUAGGUAUUUUGGGUUGGAAAGUGAGGUCCCUUUGCACGAAGCCGGCUGCGAACUGAAUGAAAUGGUACAAUGGAGUCUCCUAAGUGAAGGUGCAUGAUUAAUUGAAGAUUUACAGAUUGACGUGUACGCGUGAGAGGAAUAAAUUGAAGGCAUCGGUUGACGUUGGAAACCGUGAAAGCUUAUAGUUUUCGUUCCGUCGCGACGUGUGUUCUGUAAUCUACGCGACAUUUCCGAUCCAUCGUGAUUACGAUCAUGCUUGGUUCAGUAGGUGUCUGUGUCUUUCUUGUGGAAUUAAUUUCUCUAACUUAAAUGUAACUCAGUACAAUAUUUGAAAGUUCUUGAGCCGGUGAUUGUGGACGAAUUUGUUCGUUGUUCGCAAGAUUUAUGGUUUUUGAUUUCAUGCGUUCAGUGGUGAAAUUGUAGGUGAUCGCGUGUUACCCAUGAUUUCGCUGCGCGUCGAUAAUAAUGGCCUAAUUUCACGUCGGAUUUAUUUCCGUCCACAGAAAUGGCUUCUGGCGUCGUGAAUAAUGUGGGAUCCGGAAUUCAGGCGCCUCGGAGCGUCGCAAAUAAUGCCAUACCUUUGACUGGUCCUAAUGCGUAUGAAGUGUCUUCGGGCUAUCCAAGUAUGUACAAUGGAGCGACUUAUCCGUAUGCCUCGUCUAUGUAUUCCAUGUCCGGUUAUUCCCCAAUGAUGUCAUUUUCACCAAUGACUCCACGAUUUGGCGGAUAUCCAGGUUCUGAUCCUGAGAUUAUGCGGUUUAUGGCUGAGGCGCAGAAUUGGACAAGCAAGACUUUCCAGCCACUUGCCACUGUUAUGAACUCCAUGUCAUCUAUUGGAGCCAUGCUUCAGACUACUUACUAUUCACUGCAAGCUUCGGUCCAGUCAUUGGUUUACGUGUCACAUUCCAUUUCCUCGCUGGGAUCACAAUUCAGUGGCGUUCUGGGCAUCAUUUCGCUGAAAAGAGCGUUUCAGUGGAUUCAAAGAUUUAUUUAUUACGUUCUCGGGCUUGUGGGAGUCAUUCCUAGGAUGGAGUCUGUGUGGAAGGAAGCGGUUCCGUCAACGUUGGGUUCGAAGGCUGGGAACGGCGACGGCGGCAGUGGGACGCCGUGGGGAAUCCCAGUCCUGCUCAUGUCUGCCUUCUUUGUCAACUUCGUGUUUCGUCGUGCGCUUCGAAUGGCUCGUGAAGUGUCGACUCCGGAAUGGGCGAAAGCUAGUGGCAAAAACCUUCAAGGCGUCGUGACGCAGGAUUUCGCCGGAUUUCCCAACGAAGGUUGUCUGGGACUUAAAGCUGGAGCUAAAGUGCGCAUAGCGCCUUCCGAAUUCCAGCGAAAGGACCUGUUGGACCAGGGCUGGCUUUUGGCUGCUGUCGUCGACGACACCGACGGUGUCACUGGUGUCGAUUCCUCGUUGAGAAUCGGACUCGUUCCGCGGAGUCUGGUCGGGAAACCGAGUCGACAGCGUCGAUCAGUGAUCGCGAGAGAUUCGGGAGAGCUUUCCAGUGAUUGA